AUGCAAGUCACGCGUUGUGGCAUUCACGCCUUCCAUGAGACACUGGGCAUCGACGUCGAUGAGAUCCGUUUCUACUGGACUCUUCACUCUGAUCUCGCACAUGCUGCACAAGUCGCCUACAGAGCGGUGGUUGCUCUGAGCCCAGACGCGCUCGAUCAGCGGUCUCACUCAGACAUCGUCUGGGAUUCGGGCAGAGUUGAGAGCAAUGCUCAGAGAAACAUCCUCUGUAAGCCAGAUGGUGGCUUCAAGUCAGCGAGCUUCCACUACUGGAAGGUCACUGUUUGGGACCAAGAUGGCCAGCUUGUGUCUAGCGGUGUCAACGAAUUCUUCACUGCGUAUCCCAGAUCAAGCAGACUGUUGCCGCCCUACAGCAUGAACCAGACAUACAUGCCCCAUACCAGUUUAAUCUUUCGCGCGUGGUUUGAAGACGAGCCCAACCGAUGGAAGGGAGUAUGGAUUGGAGAUAGCAGCGACAAACCCUUCUACCUUCGCAAAUCUCUCCAUCUAGACCGCAAACCCACACGAGCUGUCGCCUUCGCAUCGGGCCUCGGUCACUUCAACCUCUCGUGCAACGGCAACCCGGCCUCAAACCACGUCCUCGACCCGGGCUGGACCAACUACCACCGCACCGUCCAAUUCGUCGCCUACGACCUUAGCAAUGUUCUCACGAAGGGCGAAAACGUCCUAGGAGCCCACGUCGGCAACGGGUUUUACGCGGGUGACCAAGGUGAUCGGUUCUUCUGGCCCAUGUACGAAGACAACACCUACGUCCGCUACGGAAACGAACUCUGUUUCUUCGCCGAGCUGCAUCUCUUCUACGAGGAUGGAAGCAGAGAGACCAUCAUCACUGGCCCUGACUGGAAAACGAGGAAGAGCGCCACUACGUUGGCGAAUAUCUACGCCUCGGAGAACAAGGACCUGCGGAACUACCCCAUCGGCUGGGAUGCACCGGGCUUCGAUGAUUCGGAAUGGAAGGCCGUGACUCCCGUCACAGGACCCAGAGGAAAGCUCAAGUACCAGAGUCAGCCGCCCGUCACUUUGCACGAAACCUUUGAGCCCGUUUCGAGGAAGACUCUGGAACCCGGUGUUGUCGCAUUUGACCUGGGCCAGAACGCGUCGACGAUGGUUCGCAUCGAAGUCAGCGGUCCCGCUGGCGCUGAAGUCAUUGUUAGAUACUCGGAGAGCAUCGACGAGACAGGCAGGGUGCUGAUGCCGGAUCCCUUGUUCAAAGAAUUUGAGACGAAGGUCUACUCCAAGAUCACACUAGCAGGAACUGGGGGUAUCGAGGUCUGGGAACCUGACUUCAGCUUCACGAGUGCUAGAUACAUCCAGGUCGAAGGCGUCUCACUCGAUGCCGGAGGAGACCUCCCGGUCGUUCAUUCUGUUGUCGGUCGCCACGUGUCAUCUGCUGCCCGCCGCCUGGGUACGCUGAAGACAGAUGUUGAGGAUGCCAACGCGUUGGUCAACAUGUGCUACUGGUCAUUCGUCAGCAACCUCUUCAGUUAUCACACGGACUGUCCACAGAUUGAAAAGUUCGGAUGGCUUGAAGUCACGCAUCUUCUCGCGCCAGCGACCCAGUACAUCCGCGACAUUGAAGCUUUGCAUUCGAAGAUUCUCGACGACAUAUUCGACACGCAGGAGUACAACGGUCUGGUCCCGACGAUGGCCCCGGAGAUCCGAUACAUGUGUGGGCCUCUUCACGACACCAUCACCUGGGGCGGUGCCAUCGCUCUGAUUCCCGAGAUCAUCAAGAAGUACUACGGCUCCACUCACAUGUUCGGCAAGAUGUACCAGCCAUGUGUGCGUUACAUGGAGUAUCUUCACACGAAAGAGAGACAUGGCGGUCUUAUCGAGCACGGGCUCGGUGACUGGGGUCGUGACAUCGCCUUCGGAAACCACCAAGCCAACAUCGAGACAGCGAUCUACUACAGAUGUCUUCGUAAUGUUGAGCUGAUGGCGCGAGAGUUAGGAUACGUCCAAGAAGAGAAGCGGUUUAAGGAGUGGGCAGACCGAAUCUAUCAGGUUUACAAUCGCCAUCUUCUUGUUUCCGAUAAGAGGGAACACCCUUACGCCUUCUACACAUCACUCGACAACCCCGGCACACACGACCGUACCAUGAUUGCUCAGGCGAUGGCUCUUCAGUUUGGUCUAGUCCCAGAAGAGCACAUCUCUGACGUGCAGCAGGCAUUCGUCGAUGACGUUUCUGACUGCAGGAUCCGAGCUGGCGAGAUCGGACUCAAGUGGUUGUGGAACACCUUCACGGACGUAGACAGACCAGACAUUGUCAUGGCCAUGGCUCGACAGGAGGAGCAUCCCUCGUACAUGCGUUUCCUGAGGCGCGGCGAGACUACCUUGAAUGAGUUCUGGCAGGAUGCCUGCCGCAGCAAGUGUCACGACAUGCUGGGAACGAUCUACGAGUGGUUUUACGAGGCGGUGCUCGGUGUCAAGAUUGAGGAUGACGCUUACAAGACUUGGACCUUGAAACCUCCUCUGAAGUCGGAGUUCAACCUAGUCGAAGGGACUUUCGAGUGCCCGUACGGCUUGAUUGAGGUUACCUUCAAACGCGAGGGCGAGGAUGUGCGCAUGAAGGUGACAGUGCCUACGAGCACGACAGCGACUCUAUUGUUGCCGAAUGAAGAGAGUGCUGUUGAGAUUACCAGGAAAGGGGGAGAUGGAAACAGCAGAGCUUCCGGAAAGAAAGUGAAGCUUCUGCCUGGGCAGUAUGAUCUGGUGCUGUAUCCUUAG